GGAAGGAGCCGGUUGACCGUACCGCGUGCAUUUGACGUGGAUAUCGUGAGUAAUAGCUGAUAUGCAAAUUCUACACCAAAAAGAAGAGAAAAAGAACUAUGCGUCAAUGCGGCUGUACGAAAAUUGCUUGCCAUACUCCUACCAUCCCCCCCGUCUUUUCUCUUUCUCACACACACACACACACACCCUUCUCUCCCCUUUUGUUUUAAAUAUAGAGUAAAACAAUCACUUCCCCCCCCGACACACACACACACACACUCUCUCUAUCAGCUUCCUUUCUGUCCCCCGUCAACUACACUGGCAAACCAGCCAACGACCGGCCUGCCAGAGAAAAGAGGGAAGACUAAUAAUGAUCGAAGAAGGCGG